UGCCAUGUAUGGCUCAUACUUUACAGCUUGCCGUGAACAACGGCAUACUAUCCCAGCGCAGCGUCUCAGAUACAAUAGCGAUCAGCAGAAAAAUAAUUGGUCACUUUAAGCAAUCACAAUUAGCCAACUUGCGUCUCAAAACUAUACAAACUGAACUUGGUAUGCAGCCGAAAAUGCUUCAACAAGACGUUUCAACUAGAUGGAACAGCACAUUCUAUAUGCUGCAAAGCUUGCUGGAGCAGAAAAGAGCCCUUGGGGCUUAUGCCUCCGAUUUUGAGUUACCUGCAACUCUAACGCCUAAUCAGUGGGGUUUGAUCGAGAACAUAAUCACACUCCUUGCUCCAUUUGAACAACUGACAAAAGAAAUUUGCCAGUCUGAAGCCUUGGCUUCUAAUGUUAUUCCUUCAGUUAAUGCUUUAAAACGACUGUGGACUAAAAGCGCUCAUACUGACUUCGGAGUCAAAACCAGUAAACGCGCUCUCUUGGAGGCUGUAAACAAUUAUUUCAUUGAGAUUUACACAGAUCCCAUGUACUGUGUUGCCACUAUUGUAGACCCGAGACAAAAAGACCACUAUUUCGAUGCAGAUGUAAAAUCACUGGCACUCAAAAUGUUGCAAGCUCAGCUGGAACUUGCAUCGAACGAAAUGCAAAUGAGUGAAUCACUGAUAGGAUUGUCCACAACAGAAAAGGGCCAAGAUAAAUGACGAGGUGGCAUGCAUGCUCCUCGAAAUGUACAAUGAAAUUCUUGAAGAGAACACAUUGAUGCCUUGGGAAAACAGCCAGAUGACAACAGAGGUGAGUUAAAAAAAAAAAAAAAAAAAAAGCUCUGUGGAGAUCUUUACAACAUCGUUUUAAGUAAAUAACUAGGGCUGUCAGAUUGAAUAUCACUAUUCUAACAUAAUUUGAAUGUAUAAAAAAUGUUGGGAGGCAAGAAAGAAAAACGGCAAUCGAAUGUAAAAGAGCGGUUGUUCAAUAAUGAGCAACUUGUAAGCAGAUCAUGAUCUACAGUGAAAAGCAAAAAUAUUAAUAAUAAAAUGUUUCAAAAAACAGCAAAUACAAUACAGACAUGCAUUCAAUUCAAAUGCCAAAUGUUUAUUUUUAUUGUAAGGACUCUAAUCUUAAUCUGACAGCCCUGGUAAAAGCCAAAAUGCAGAUCUAUCAUUUAGAUAUGAAAGAUGAAACAGAAUAUAAUGCUGUAUAUGUAUGCAUGCUACUCGGCAGGUGCAGGGAUUUCUUUCUGAAGCACCAAUCCCGAGGAAUGAAAGUCCUCUGAAAUACUGGAAUAACAACUGGAGUCGGUUUCCUACCAUUGCCAAAGCAGCACACAAGUUCCUGUCAGCCCCAAGUACUAGCAUGGACAGCGAGAGAUUAUUCAGUUUGGCUUCUAAUGUGAUCAACGAAAAGAGAAACAGAAUUUCCUGCGACAAGGCACAGAUGCUCUUGUUUGUUAAGA